AUGGCCACCACCAUGGACGACACGACCCUCUCGACGCUCGACCUGCUCGAGUCGCGACUCCUCCGUAUCGAGCAUCUUCUCUAUGGCCAGACGGUAUCACCGGCGCUGGCUCAAGACCGGUCGGCUGUCGAGAAGAUUGGCCAGCUCGAGCGACGUUUCUCGCAUCUCCUGGACAAGUUCCGCGUCUAUGCCGAACUGAUCAAGAUUUACAAGGCACAUCCAGACUUUUUUCAUGCGGCCGCUCCCUCCGACCCCCCGUCGCAGCUAUCCAGCGAUGCCAUACAAUCCAUCGUCCUCGCCUCGGCCUCUGCGUUUCCCGCGACUCUCUCGUCCCUGACCGCGAUCAAGGACAGCCCGAUACCUGAUCCAUCAGAGAGCGCAAACCUCGUUGCAUUGCAGGAUAGGAUGAAGGCUAUCGAAACGACUCAGAUUGCCCAGGCCGCUGAAAUCGCCGACCUUCGGAAACGGAGCGAGACGGUUAUCCGAUCAUGGUACGAGACAGGCGUUCUGGACAACUCGAGAACAAUGGCCGACUUGGAGUCGCGGGUAGCAAUUGUUGAACGACAAGUGAGGAGGGCAGAGCGAGAACUGGAAGCCGAGGACGAGUUAUGA